UGCAAAAAGUACAACAAGCCUUAGUGUACUUACCAAUGUUGUGGCACCCAACAAACACCCUGAGCAUGCCACGUGGCGAGCCAUACUCCAAACCUCUAACACAAGGGUUGUGGCAGGUGACCAACACCUAUUCCAAAAACAUAAUACAACACCAAAUAACACGGACACACACGUAAUCAACAAUCUGGGUCUUUCACGAAUGUGGGCUUUAUUCACAAGGAUUUGCACAAUUAUAUUCAAGCCGAGCGCAAAAUAGAAAUGAAGGAUGGUGACGCGGAGUGUGCUUUGGCUUACUUAUGUGCAAAAGCUGAUGCUAACCCUUACUUCUUUUACAAGUAUGACAAGGAUCAAGAGAACCGGCUUGGCAAAUUGUUUUGGGCAGAUUCAAGGUCUCGCCUAGACUAUGCUGCAUUUGGUGACGUGUUGGUCUUUGAUACGACUUAUAAAACGAAUGCAUAUAACAAACCUUUUGUUAUUUUCGUUGGGGUCAAUAACCAUUUUGAAACCACCAUAUUUGCAUGCAGCUUGCUUGUUGAUGAGACAAUUGCAACAUACACAUGGGUUUUGCAGAAGUUGUUAGAAACCAUGGAUAACAAAAGACCGGUGUCAGUGUUGAUAGAUGGGGAUAUGGCCACGCGUGAGGCAAUACAAAAAGUCUUUCCAAAUGCCAAGCAUCAUCUAUGUAAUUGGCAUAUGCACAGAAAUGCCAAGCGAAAUGUUCGAGUCGAUGGAUUUGAAAGACAUUUCAAGCAUCUCAUGGAUCUUGAUGCGAAUGAGGUUGUAUUUGAGGAAGCUUGGAGUAAGAUGGUCAGAAAAUAUGGCCUUCAAAAUAACAAGUGGGUAUCAGACACCUAUAACAACAAAGGCAUGUGGGCUCAGUCAUAUUUGCGUGGUCAUUUUUUUGCUAGAAUGAAGAGCAGUCAGCGUUGUGAGGGUAUGCAUGCUUUUUUCAAUGAGUGCCUCAAAUGAAAACUGAAACUAUUCGAAUUUGUUAGAUGUUUUGACAUGGCCCUUUAUCGAUUACGGAACAAAGAAGCGGAUGCCGAGGCAAAAACUGACAACAGUGAUCCUUGUCUUACCACAACACUUCAGCCUCUAGAGAAACAUGCAGCAACCAUCUUUACCAGAUGUUUGUUCUUAAUGUUCCGUAAUGAAAUAAUUGAGGAAGCAUUGUUGAUUUUUGAUGGAAGGAAAGAGGAGUUCGAUCAUCGCAUAUACAAAUUUUCAAAGUACACUGAAUUUGGUUCCACAUGGGAAGUGUCAUACCAUCCCGCAACUAGCAUAAUGAAAUGUAGUUGCAAAAAGUUUGAGUUCUUUGGACUUCCUUGCAGCCACAUGAUUUCUGUGAUGAAGUGCGAACACAUGACUGAAAUUCUCCCAAGUUGUGUGAUGUAUCGUUGGACAAAGCAAGCAAGAAAGGUUGGUGAACAACAGUGCCAAGCCCAAUUCUCUAGCACUCUCACACAGGAGACGCGUUUUGGGGUACUUUGCUCUUCUUUUACUGAAAUGUGUUACUAUGCCUCACAAACAUCUGAAGGAUUUGAAGAGGCUAGGAAUGCAUUUUUCACUAUGACAUGUCGGAUGAAGCAGCAUUGCAUGGCCAAGGGAACUAAUGUUGAUGAAGGAAAAAGUUCACUGCCGCCAUUUGGGGUUGGGGAUUCGAAAGUAGUGAACACGAAGGGGAAUACUGGGGGAUCCUACAUGGCUAAACCUCGAAAGCUAAGGCGAUGCCAGUGUUGCAGGGUCGUCGGCCACACAAGGAGAACUUGCCCCCAAAACGAUCAUAAAACGGGACAAGUGGGUAGCAAUUUGUUUGAGGAAUAGGAUGAUUAUGAUCCAAUUGGUACUCCCACCCCUUUUACACCGAAGCGUCCCAGGAAUAAUAUUAGGCCAUGUAAGACCCACCUUGUGAAGAGACGACUUUUUGUCACUAAUGUGGAUACGUCUCCAGUGCAGUUGAGCAAGGAUGUUAAUGACUUGCGUAGUUGCGA